AUGUGGUAUGCUUACUCCGGGGUGACCGACCACAUCACAGGUGAGCUUGAGAAGCUUGCCAUCCGCGAGAAGUAUUUCAGCAACAACGAAGUAGACACCGCCGCAAGCGGUGGAGCUCUUCUUUUCUGCUCCUCUCCUCGACCACAAAAUAGAGAAAAGCUUCAAGAUCAGACAUGGCUUUCCACGUUCCACCUAAGAUCGAUAAGUUUGCCUUCUAGGCCUCACCCCACCGAGACCGAGAUUGAAGAACAGAUGUUGAGCCUAGAGGCAAGCAUCUGUUCCUCCACGACCAUCGGCAUGAUGUGCGAGGGUCUGAGGAGGCUUGGAAACAUCUAUAAUGGCGUCGAAGAGAUCAUCUGCCUUCCAAGCAGCCAAGUCUGUGCCUACCAGCAGAGGACGGUGUUGGAUGGAGAAAUGGACGGUUCUCUUGAGCUGCUAGAUCUAUGUGGCACCAUGCAAGAGAUCUUCGCCGAGAUGAAGGCCAUCAUCCAAGAGCUGCAACUGUCUCUAAGGAAAGGGGAUGAUGCGACUGCUCAAGCCAGUAUCCAAUCUUACACCCGCUUGGCGAAGAAGGCCAAGAAUCAUUUCAAGAAGACCACGAAGAAGAUUUCGGCAGAUUGCGGGAUGGUCAUGCUCUUGGCCAAGGCCAGAGAGAUCUCUGUCUCUCUGCUGGAGUCCACACUCCAUCUCUUGUCGAAGCAAAUUGAAAUGCCUAAACAGUCUCUUGUUUCCAAGGCAUUUCACAAAAAGAAGUCAGUUGUUUGCAAGGAGGAGCAAUUGUUGGGGUUAGAGUGCAGUAUCGGAGAUCUUGAGAGCGGAGCAGGACAUCUGUUCAGGAAAUUUGUCCAGAGCAGAGUUUCUCUACUCAACAUCCUUAGCUCAUAGAUA